CGUCAUUCUGAGUGCGGUACGUGGAGGUCCUAACAAAGGUGCGAGGACGAGGGAGGAGAAAGAAGGUAGUAAAGUAAUUUGCGCUGUAGCAUAAGGGAAAGUCUUGAUCAAGUCACACUGCGGAACAUAUAUACAUAAUUUAUUGUGUUUAUGCAAAAAGUGACAUUAUUAAGUGGAAGUUUUGGAGACCUAUCAGGCUCUCAAACGCAGGUGUGCUGACAUAGGAUUCAGGAAGUAAAAGUACGUAGAAAUGGCAACGCGGAACUGAACUUUCAGACUUUGGGUCAGCGUGCGGAUUACAAACAUGGAUCAUUUGGCUGGGGUCAUCCGCAGAAGUUUUCGAAGGAAAUCUAAUAAAGGAGUUUCAGGAAAUACUAAUGGAAACCCAGCUUCUGAAGAUAGCAGUAUUCCUGAUGACUGCAAAACAUUAGUAAUGAGUGGUGGGCAGAGCUUCUUCGAGUAUUUGGUGGUAGUAUCACUCAAGAAAAAUUGUGAUGGUUGUUAUGCCCCUCAAAUAACCUACCAGUUUCCAAAGAUGAAUCUACAGCGAGAAAAUAUUCUGAAUUUUCGAAAAGAUGAAGAAGAAAGGCUGCUUAAUGCUAUUCCCCUCUUCUGCUUUCCUGAUGGAAACAAUUGGGCACCACUUAGAGAAUAUAAAAGUGAAACAUUUUCUUUUGUCCUGACAAAUAUUGACAGCAGUAGGAAGUUUGGUUAUUGCAGGCGACUUUUGCCUGCUGGAAAUGGUUCCCGUUCGCCAGAAGUUUACUGCAUUAUCAGUUCCCUUGGUUGUUUUGGACUAUUUUCAAAGAUACUUGAUGAGGUAGAGAAAAGACGAGCGAUUUCUACAGCACUCGUAUACCCCUUUAUGCAGGGUUUGCGAGAGGCUACAUUUCCAGCACCUGGUAAAACUGUUAAAAUAAAGAGUUUCAUUCCAGAAUCUGGGACAGAGAUGAUUGAACUCACAAGACCUUUGGAUUGUCGAUUAGAACAUAUUGAUUUCAAUACCCUUAUGCAGUGUUUAAAAUCUCAGAUUAUAUUAGUUAUUUUUGCUUCUGUUGUUUUGGAGAGACGAAUUGUAUUUGUUGCAAGUGACCUACGUAUUUUGUCGGAGUGCAUCCAUGCUGUUGUGGCUCUCUUAUAUCCAUUUGCCUGGGAACACACAUACAUUCCAGUUCUACCACAUGUUCUUAUUGACACUGUUUUACUGGUAGAUUUGUGUGAAGGAAAACUCAUACAAAAGGUGGGGGAUGAGGAAGAAAUUCUGCCACCAAAAUUGAAGGAACAGAUUCGCAUUUUUCUAGAUGAUUAUCAACAGAUAACCAAAAAAUCACCUGAGGAGAUCAAUGGGGCAGUAUCAAAAACCUUCAUGCAGUUUUUUGUGCAGGUGAUGGGACAUUACACCUCACAUUUGAAAGAAAGCAACGGUGGCAAGUUCACAUUUGAAGAGAAGGCCUUCUCGAAAGCUGUCCGUUCUAAAACAAUUCGUAAAUUUUUAAAACAAUUUGUCAAAACACAGAUGUUUUCAAUAUUCAUAGAGGCUCAGCUGAACAAGUCAACACAAAAUGGUUAUUUUCAACAGAAAGUUAAAGAAUUUAACGAGCAGAAAAAAACUGAAAGGAAAUAAAUGGCUGCAGAACAACCAAAAGAAUACUAAGAAUUUGCUAAAUGUGUGAUAUUGUAAUUUUGUUUUAGCCUUGCCUAUAAAAAUAGGCCUUUUGCAUAUUAAAUUCACCACUGAAAAUUAAAAGGAUACUGUCAAUAUAAUAUUUUGAAAACAAUGAAAUGUUAUGUCUUAUUUUGUGGAAAAUUAUUUUCUUUAUAUCUUUUUUGCUCUUGCAGAGCAGAGUAUUUUUUGGUGUUUAUCUUCUGCUCUACCAAAAUAAUAAAUCCUGUAUUGUUUUAUGGCAUGCAUUCUACUCUGCAUUAGAGACACAGGAUCACAAGACAUACAGUAGUAUCAGGUUUCCUUUAGGCAAUAAGAACUCGGCCAUUUUGCUACUUGAAAAACUGCUCAAAAUGCCACUUGGCUGCUUACUUACCAGUCAUUUAGAAAAUCCUGGUGCCAUGGUCCUCUAUUUCAAAUAAGGGAAUGCAUGGAGGAUACUCUGUAUUGCUUCUUAAAUUUCCAAAUUCAUGAAUAAUCCAAUUUUUUAAACGAUUUCCUUUUUCUCUGUAAUAUUAAAAUAUUACCUAGUACUUGAUUCCAACUAAGAUAUAAUUAAUCAUUGUUGGAGGCAAAACAAUCAUAUUGGGUUUUUAUUAAUAUUUAAGUGAUUUUUUUGUAUACUUAAGGCAUGGAAGUCCAAAUUACAGAAAGACCUGUUAUCUGGAAACCCCUAGGUCCCGAGCAUUCUGCAUAACAGGUCCUAUACCUGUGUUUUUGUGGACUUUUCCCCAUGUACCCCAGUUUUGAUUCACACGUUAAUUAUAAUUUAAUAAUAAUAAUAAUGACAUUUAUAUUAGAUGUAUGAAUGAACAAGGUGCUAAACUCAAUGUUCUUCUGGGAUGGCCAAAAUCUCUCUAAAAUUAUGCAAUACAAAUAAAGAUUAAUAUACUGUGUAAAUAAAUAAAAUCUAAAACCGAUGGGGUAAUUAUGCGAUGACCAUAUUACUUUUAAAUUCCCUUUAUUUCAUUCUUCUUUUCAUUUUAAAUGAACAUCACAUGGCAUAAGAAUAGGAACCAUGAACCUGGCAUGCAAACUUGCUAAUUAAACUAUUUGUAAAUCUGGAACUAAAAUGUUUUGUUUAUUAUGUAUUACUAAAUACACUAAAUCUAAUGCUGUCUGUAUUUGAUUACUGUUUGGAUUAAAAAUGUGUUUUUCAUGUAAGCUAAACAUAAGCUGAUAUGUAUAAAUUUGUGAAAGUAUGUCUUGAUAUCUAGAUCUACAAUAAAUAAGUUAAUACGGA